GGGCACAUUGCGAGAGCUGCCUCAGGACGUCUUGAUGGAUAUCUUUGCCACCCUUGAAAUCCCUGACCUCAUACGUGUUGGCGCCGUCGGCCCCUCUUGGCACUCUGCAUAUACCAGCCUACAAAGCCUUGGGCUGUAUAAACUAUCUCAGACGCCGUGCCUUCUCUAUACUUCUGAAUCUGCUGGCGAUAGCUCUGCUUACCUCUACAGCCUCAGUGAAAAGAGAUCGUACAAGUUAACUCUUCCAGGUCCACCUAUCCGCACUAGGUGUUUGAUAGGGUCCUCUCAUGGCUGGCUGAUUACUGUUGAUGAAAGAUCUGAGAUGCAUCUUGUCAACCCGAUCACAUGUGAACAGAUUGCGCUACCUUCAGUGAUCACCAUCGAGCAGGUGAAGCCCAUCUUCGAUGAGUACGGUGAUCUACACAAGUAUGAAUUGUCAUGGCACACUGGAACGCGUGCUGCUUAUAACUCGCCAUCUAUUUAUGAUCUUGACAAGCUGCGGGAUGAACUCCACUAUAAGGCGUUUGUGUUCCCUGAUACAUCCACAGGAAGCUACAUGGUGGUUCUCAUCCACAAUCCAAAGCAGCAGCUUUCUUUCACAAGAGUAGGGGAUGAUAAGUGGACCUGGCUUCCACCCCAUGAUGCCUAUGAGGACUGCACUUACAAGGAUGGCAUGUUGUAUGCAGUGACUGGAUUUGGAGAAGUUCAUGUUUUUGAUUUUAGUAGUGGACCUGCUGUUACAGUGGAGAUGAUUAUGCAAGUGCGCAAUGUGUAUGGCUGUGGGUACAUGUACAUUGCUCAAGCUCCAUGGGGCGAUCUGCUGCUGAUUUGGAGAAUCUGUGAGGAUCAUGAUGUAGAACCUGAACCAGGGGCAUCUGUGUUUUGGAACACUACGGAAUAUGAAAUAUAUAAAUUUGACCUUAAAAGAAUGCUGGAGAAUAUCCGUCUCUCAAGGCAAAUCAUGUCUACUUUACUGAUGAUAAUGUGUUAUGGACAUUGAGAUUGAAGAAUAAUCAUCGUGAUAUGGG